UAAGGAAGUGUUGACAUGGUUGUUGGGGGCAGGGGAUCGAUUGGCUGCCAUGCCCCCAAUUGCUGAAACAACUGAAGCAGUGAAAGAACAAUUUCAUGAUUUAGAGGAAUUAAUGUUGGAGCUGACGUCGAAGCAGGGCGGCAUUGGUGAUGUACUUGGUGAAGGUUCACGGCUGAUGAGAGAAGGGGUGAUGGAGGAAGAGGAAGAAGAGGAAGUGAGAGUGCAGAUGAAGCUCCUCAACACACGCUGGGAAGAGCUACGAGUCAAAGCUAUGGACCGGCAGUCAAGCCUACAUGAGAAGUUGAUGAGUCUUCAGCAGAAGCAGCUAGAAAGUCUAAAAAAAUGGUUGACCGACACUGAAGAUCGCAUUGCCAAUAUGAGUCAGGUUGGACCAACAGCAGAAGCCCUAAGAGAACAAAUUUUGGCUCAUCAAAACCUUCAACAAGAUUUAGAAAAUGAACAGUCAAACAUUAAUUCACUCUCCAAUAUGGUAGUGGUUGUAGAUGAAACUAGCUCAGAAAGUGCAUAUUCAACUCUGGAAGAUGAAUUAAAUGCCUUGGGUGAGCGAUGGGCACACAUUUGCCGAUGGUCUGAGUCACGCUGGACAACUUUGCAGGUAUGUUACACUGGUUGUGGCUCAAAAAAAUGCUCUCAGUCAUUUGUCUUUACAGUUAAAAAUGUGAAAAAUUGACAAAGUUAACAAAUA